UAAUUGCUCCACCGUUUGCCUCAAAAAUCCAAAAAUAGUGGGUGAUUGCUCCUUCAUGACUUGCUUCCAUUAGCCUCAAAUACUGUUGCAUAGCUGGUCUAAGUUGAAGCGAUUAAGGCCAUUGUUGCACCAACCAAAAUGCUUCCUUUGCCACGCCAAUUCUUGGCACAAGCUACUGCGUUUUUGCUUUUCAAUUGGCUACUGUGUGCUUGCCGACCAGCAGUUAUUGCUAAAAUUUUUCCUUCAUCAUUAGCGUUCAAUUAGCUCUCCAAAUCACUACUGCUAACUGUCGUCCAUCUUGACACUAAUUUGCUGCACCCGUGCUAACAUCCUUUGCGGACCAUUGGCUUCAAUUUGCUGCAGUCUUGUUAAUUUUUCUUGCUACUUACUACUUGAUUUAAGGUUAGUGUAUGUGUUUGAAAUUGACAUACUUAUUGAUUGUGUUAUUAAGCUUUGUUUGGUUCGAUCAAGUAAGAAAUUAGAUGUAUUAAUUUAGUAUAAGAUUAAUACAUUUAGUUAAAGUCUAAAUUGAUUAAUAUUUUGAUUAAAAUUUGAUUUAGUGGCUCCGUGGACUAAAGUACUUUGUCAUGUUCGUUUGAUUUGUUUCUCUUAAUUAGUUAAUUCGGAAUAAAAUAAUUUCAGUUAAUCCGACGGUCCGGAUUUGAUCAUCAUCGGCCCUUCUUCUUCAACGCAAUCAUCGCCUCCCACUUCUCCCACCCCCUCAAAACUCCCUCCCGAAAUCUCAGAUCUAAUAUUUUUUAAAACCUACCAUCUCUUUCGCUAUCUGCCUUUUCCCUUUCUCUCUAUCUGAUUCCUAUCGACAAUGGCCGCCGCCGCCACUUCUUCACCCCGCGAGGAAAAUGUCUACAUGGCGAAACUCGCCGAGCAAGCCGAACGCUACGAGGAAAUGGUUGAGUUCAUGGAGAAAGUCUCUGCCUCCGCCGACAACGAGGAGCUCACCGUCGAGGAAAGGAACCUCCUCUCCGUCGCUUACAAGAAUGUUAUCGGCGCUCGCCGUGCUUCCUGGCGCAUCAUUUCCUCCAUUGAGCAGAAAGAGGAGAGCCGUGGUAACGAUGACCACGUCGCUACGAUCCGUGAUUACCGGGCCAAGAUCGAGUCCGAGCUUACUUCGAUCUGUAACGGGAUCUUGAAGCUCCUUGACACUAGGCUUGUCCCCUCGGCUUCCUCUGGAGAUUCCAAGGUCUUCUAUCUUAAGAUGAAGGGAGAUUACCACAGGUACUUGGCCGAGUUCAAGACUGGAGCUGAACGGAAGGAAGCUGCGGAGAGUACUCUCACUGCCUACAAAUCUGCUCAGGACAUUGCCAACGCCGAGUUGGCUCCUACUCACCCUAUUCGACUUGGACUGGCACUCAAUUUCUCUGUUUUCUACUAUGAGAUUCUCAAUUCUCCCGAUCGCGCUUGCAAUCUCGCCAAACAGGCAUUUGAUGAAGCGAUAGCUGAGUUGGAUACUCUAGGCGAGGAAUCGUACAAAGACAGCACCCUCAUCAUGCAACUCCUCCGUGACAAUCUCACUCUCUGGACCUCCGACAUGCAGGAUGACGGGGCUGAUGAUAUUAAAGAAGCACCGAAGCGUGACGAGCAGGAGCAACAACAAAAGCCACAGCAGUACUGAGGGUCAGCCGGGCUCUUACUUUCAAUUAUAUAAUUUGCCAAUUUAGGGUUUCAAUUCAAAACGAAACUUCUACCGAUUUGAUGUGUUUUUGAUAGAAGAAGAUUUGGUGCUACUUAGGCAAUUCUUGCCUUUGUUUUAACUCGAUCGUCCAUGUACUCAGUUUUUUGCUUCUUUUCUUUUUUUAAAUUUUAUUUUAGCUUCUUUGUGCCCCUGAAUGCUCUCUACUAUCUGCUCUGAGCAUAUAUCUGCUUUUGUUCUUCACAUUGUGGAAUGGAAAUGAAUGAUUUGGAAGUCACAA